ACCUGUAUGGUCUAUUUUGUUUUGGGUUGAGAAGAUGAGCAAUCAAGGGGACAAAAAGGAGGACAAAGCAGAGUCUCCUAUGUCCAGCGCUUUCUCCAUGAAGAGUGACCGGUCUAAAGGUUUUCCUCCAGACUUCAGUAAUGAACCAGGACCAGGCACGUCUCCUUUUUCCAGCAGUCUCUCCAUGAAGAGUGACCGGUCUAAAGGUUUUCCUCCAGACUUCAGUAAUGAACCAGGACCCUCAGAUUUCCAAAUAAUAAAGAGAUCUGUUCCACUGGAGGAACAGCUGUCCAGCUGUGCUCUGUGUCAGGACGUCCUGAGAGAUCCAGUUUCUACCAGCUGUGGACACCGUUUCUGCAAACAGUGUAUCAGCUCAUACUGGGACCAGUCUGCUUCAUCAGGAGAGUCCUCCUGUCCCCAGUUUGGAGAAAGACCACGACCGCAGAUAUCCAGUCAGUCCAGAACUGUGAAAGGAGAGGUUAGAAGACCGUAUAGGGUGAUGAAGAUGCCUCCUCUCUGA